AUGGGAUUCAAAAAAACAUUAUUUGCAACAUCGUUGGCAUUAGCUUUAUCAUCAGUGUCUGCUGAUGUAUUAAGUUGCUCUCAAAUUUCAGAUUUAGCUGCACAAUACUUUGGUGAAAACAAUUCUACUCUUGUUACCACCAUGAUUUGUAUUUCACACUAUGAAUCCAGUUGGAACACUAAUGCUUAUAACCCUAGUGGAGCUUCAGGUUUAUGGCAAAUUAUGCCAGAGCUCUGUCCACAAUGUUCAAGUCCAUCAGAUUUAUUCAAUGCUGAUAUAAAUGCCCAGUGCGCAGUUGAUGUAUACAAUGCACAAGGUUUUGGUGCUUGGACAACCUAUGAUGAUGGUGAUUGUGAUGGAUGGACUGGUUGCAGUGCCUCAACUAGUUCAGGAUCUAAUAGUGGUUCACCAACUGGUUCAAACAGUGGCUCAAACAGUGGCUCAUCAUACAGUGGCUCAAACAGUGGUUCAAACAGUGGUUCAAACAGUGGUUCAAACAGUGGUUCAAACAGUGGUUCAAAUAGUGGUUCAAAUAGUGGUUCAAAUAGUGGUUCAAACAGUGGUUCAAACAGUGGUUCAAACAGUGGAAGUGCUACAGGCACAGGUGCAUCCACUGGUGAUAGCUCCAAUUCAGGCUCAGGUACAGGCUCAGGUAGAGCCAAUCAUUUUACAGUAUAUUAG